AUGGAAGAAGAAAACAGUGUAAGCUUUGGUCAGCUUUUGAACACAAUUGCAGCAAUUAACCCACAACGUCUCUGUAGGCAGGAUAUGUUAUCGGAGAGUGUUCGAAACCUCACCACAAAGAGAGAGUAUUUGUCUUAUACCAAACAGUUUGACAGGGACAAGGCUGAAAGGGAGCUUCUGAAUUUACCCGCCAAAUUGUCCGCAAAAUUUACAGCUCAAGGAGAUGAAUAUAUUUCUAUCGAUUUAAAAGGUUUAAAAUUUUCUAAUAUUAACAACGCUCUGAGAGCACAAGAAAAUAUACUACCCGAUAUACAGACAUAUUUUGUGGCUGGCAUACACAAAUAUCUAGAUUCUUCCUAUCCAUCCACAUUUGUUUAUGUUAGUAAUUUACUUUUUUGUCGUCAGAGAACCAUUAGCAAAAGCAAAGUUAAAGUUGACUACAAUGGUCAAAUCAUUGUGAAAAAGACGCAUGAAACCUUUAAUAUUGGCGAUUUUGUGUUAGAUUUUGACAACGAAUAUCGUGUUUGCGUCAAAUCUAGUCACACGGAAGUUGUUGAUUACUUUUAUGUUGUCAUACUGGAGACCUUAACAACUGUUUUAAACAUGAUAAGUAUCGUAUCUUUGUUAAUCUUAUUUGUGCUUUACAUGUUAGUUCCCGAAUUACGCACACUUCCUGGUUUGAAUGUUAUGAACACAACGUUUUCUCUUUUCUGUAUGCAAAUAACUUAUACGGUAGCCAAUGUUAUACGAAGGUCCACAUUGUAUUGCCAGAUAAUAGGUGUAAUUUUACACUAUUUCUGGCUUACCCUAUGUUGUUGUCUUUUCAUCUGUUCUCUUCAUAUGUACAGAACCUUUUCUAGGUACAGACGGGAUUCACAAAUUCGUGGCCAAAAUAUCAGAGCUACUUUUACUUCUUACGUUUUAUUUUGUUACUUUACGCCCCUUUUCGUUAUUGCUACUAAUAUAAUUACUACGUUUGCUCUAGAAGGAAAUAUUGGAUAUGGUAAAUACUUGUGCUUCGUUGAAAACCUCAUUCAAAACAUCGUCACUUUUAUUGUUCCUUUGUGUGUAACUUGUAUUGUAAAUACUGUCUUGUUCAUUUUUACUCUUCUUAAUAUCAGUUUCGCUCAAAACAUCAGGAAAACAAAAGAGAACAAAUCUGAGCUCCUUAUUUCAAUCAAACUAUUCAGUCUGACUGGAACAGUAUGGAUACUUCAAGUGCUGGAUAGUCUUUUACAGAUUUCUGUUUUUUCAUUCGUCGUUACCUUUCUGACAUCAUUACAAGGUCUUUUUAUUUUUCUGAGUUUUUCGAGUUCUUCAAGAAUUCUAAACUUCUUGAAAUCCCAUUUGUGGAAACGAAAUGUUUACAGAAAUGAAGAUAGAGAAAGUAAAUAGG